UUUCAUUCAAGAUAAUAAGUAUAACAAAGAACCAGUUGUUUGCAUUCACUGGAAUCAGCCAUUAAGCAUCAGCAAUUUUAAUUUGAAUAUUUAAAACCAAUGGAUUUAUUACAACCACCCAAAGCACCUAAAGUUCCCAAAUCCGUUGCAGAAAAAAAUGCAGCCAAACGACUGAUUGUUGUUCUUGAGCAGGCGCAGCUAGAGACCGUCAAGCUCGGAAAAGACAAGGAAUCACAUUAUGCUUUAUUGAAUGUUGAUGAUCACCACCAUUUGCUCAAGAAGCAUGGCAGAGACCUUUCAGAGUCACGACCAGAUAUCACGCAUCAGUGUUUGCUGGCUUUGCUGGAUUCGCCAUUAAACAAAGCUGGAAUGUUGCAAGUCUAUAUUCAUACUGCCAAGAAUACCUUGAUUGAGAUCAGUCCUCAUGUUCGUAUUCCUAGAACUUUUAAGCGAUUCUGUGGUCUGAUGGUUCAACUUCUUCAUAAACUUAGUAUUCGUUCUAUGGAUGGCUCAGAUAGGCUUUUGAAAGUGAUCAAAAACCCAAUUACCGAUCAUUUACCGCCAAACUGCCGUAAAAUCACCAUGUCGACAGACGUUCCUGCCGUGCGACUUUCUUCUUAUCUACCAAGCGUUCCACAAGAUCAGAAUCUUGUAUUUUUCAUUGGAGCAAUGGCUCAUGGUGAAGACAAUUGGGUGGAUGACAUUGCGGAUGACAAGAUUUCAAUUUCAGAUUAUCCUUUAUCUGCUGCAGCCACAUGCUCUAAAUUGACAUGCGCACUGGAGGAGUUUUGGGGAGUGCUGUAA